AUGCCACGAAAGAAUAUUGUCUUCAUGGUUGUGCUGGUUUCGCUGACUAGUGUACUUCAAAACCAUGCAAGCCAACGGUGCAGAAUAGAUUCAUAUUCAAUUUAUCAAAUGAUGUUGAAGGGCCACACUUUUAAGACGUUUAAGGCCCGAGCAGGUUCGCUCGACUGUAGACAUGCCUGCCUCGCUGACAUAAGAUGUCAAAGCUACAACGUGGUGAUGUUUGAAAACCUAUGCGAGUUAAAUAACAGAAGCAAAGAGGCUAGGCCAGAGGACUUUAUCAAGAGCGAGAACAGAUAUCACUUUGGCAAAGUUUCUGAAAGAGGUAUCGAAAAGAAAAGCAUAAUGUUUUCUUUAAUAGGUGCACAUUUUGGAAACUGCUGCAGAAUACUAGCAGACAAUUCCAAAACGCACACUAAAUGUAUUGAUCCUCUUCCUUAUUGUAUAUGAUAAUCAUCACUUUUUUUCCCAUAAAAUAAACCAAGUAUAAUUAAUUUAUCCCAGUUCCCCUGGCUUCCAUUCCUGAGCUGCCAGCCUAUUCAUGCAAAGAGAUCAAGGCCAGUGAACAAGAACAAGCGGUCAGCGGAAAUUACUGGUUGGAUCCCAUGCGAUCUGGAAAUUCCAUUUUAGCUUAUUGUGAUAUGGCAACUGAAAGUAAGGAGAAGUAUAUUUAUAAAAACUCACUUAGACAAGACUGGCAUAGUUCAUAAUUCUAAAAUUGAUGUUAUUUAUGAAAAUUGCGUGUUCCUGAUUAUCUGAAAACGUGUAAAGUUAUAACACGGGUGCGAGUUGUAACAAAUAGUGUGCACGUGCUGUCAAAAUUUCGUCUGCCUUGACUUUCUGUAAUGCUUUUUUCAUGUGAAUUAUUAACAAGUAACGGCAUGUUGCUUGUGCAAUUUGGUGUAAAUAAGCUCUUGUAAAUUUUUCGAAGACAAUAAACUGCACUCGCCCAACGGACUUGCGCCAUUUUGUUGUCGUUGAAAAAUGUAUUCGUGCUUAUUAAAACCAAAUUGCACUCAUCAUGCUUUUACCUAUGAUAGGUGCAUUCCGGUUCUAGAGUACAUAUGAGACUAAGGAUCAGAAGGGAAAGACAUAUUGAUUAUCACCUACUUAUUUACUAUUGGUCAAUUAGACGGUGGUUACAGCUUAAGUCUCUUUGAAUAAAUUGUUGGUUGGAAGCUUUAGAGACUCUUGCAGUUCUCUCCCAUCGACGUGCGGAGGAAGGUGCAUAGAGUAAAAAGAAAGGAAUAACUCACGGUGUGCUUAGGGCCGAUGAGAAUAUGUUUUUCCCUUCGCAAGAAAAGCUCUCCAUUUUUGUUUAAUAGGGUUGAAAAGCUCGGAGAAAACGUCUCUUAAAACCAAACAGGUCGAGAAAUUCAUGACAUGGUUGUUAAAUCACUAUUAGAGAAAUGUCUUUUUUUAUUUAGUUGCUGAUUACUGCGUCAAGCAUCAAUGUGCAGAACACGCCAUGUGCGUUAAUGGGGACAUGAAAUACACGUGUGCGUGUAAUUCGUCGGGAUGGACUGGAAGCCUAUGCAAAACAGGUGAUAUGUCAACCUUU